AUGGGUGAAAUAAAACAAAGGCAGCACGCGCCCGCCGCGGCACUCAUACUGAGUGCUCUGCUUUGUGGCAGCCCUGGCGAUACAAUGCAUCGCGCGAUACAUCUACACGCAAGCCUAUCCUACAAACUCCCCGGGUGUGACGACGUGCAGCGUUCGUUGGAGCUGCUGGACCAGGUGCUGAGUGAGUACGACGAAGGCGAGCCCCGGUCAUUGGAGGCGCGCGCGCCGGCCACUCCGGCCACCCCCGCCACCCCCGCCACUCCGGCCACCGACGACGACUCGCCGCUCGCCGGACACACCUCCGAGGACGAUGGAUACAUGAGCAUGAACGGGAGACGAAGACAAAAGAGUUUAAUAGAGUUUUUAAUAUAUAAUUUUAGAGCGAAAUUCGCGCUGGGUUUUCGACCGACGGAGGAACGUGAGGAGAGUUCGCCGCCGGAUCCCCCAUCGCCACACUCACCGCCGCCUCCUGAAGAAGCAGAGAGAAUUAUUUCAACUCUAUUACCUAAAGUUUCACCUGCAAAUUCUGCCAAACGAACAAUUUCGGCGGAGCGGUGUGAGGCCGAAGAGAAAUUGGAUUCAAUAAUAAGCGUAAAUGGAAUUACAACCGCAACUCAAACUACAUUUCCGAAAACUAGACACCAACGUCCGUAUGGGUGGGAUAAAGAUAUUGAAUCGAAUGGUUUCCAGUUACAGCAACCACCGGUACCUCCAUACAAAUUCUCGUCAUUACAGCAUGGCACCCGCCCACCUCAAUCCGAAGUCAUCCCAACGUGGCUUCCUCCAAGGCAUUCAGCUCCAAUUAAUUUAAAAAAGUCACCUAGCUUCGAAAAUCCACCAGUGUUUCCGUUUAUGGGCUUCUCGAGCGAAUUCAAUGACAAACCAUAUAAUGAACAUCCGGUCACUAUUUACCCUGGUCCAAAUAUCCAAUAUAAUCGACAAUCUCACUCUCCAACAUAUAAAAUAUCACCUUCAAGUAUCACUAAAACUAUCGAUAAAAAGAGCAAUGGUAAACGUGAUAGCAGAUCGGAAGGAGAAAUGCUAUCGCCGAAAAGUAAAGUACCUCCGCGGACUCUCGCCAGUUCUAUGGAGAGGCAUAGAGAAGUUUGUAGAGGAUCAUCGGAGGACAUAAUGGAGAUUUGCAAGACGCGAGGUUCGAAUAGGUGCAACGACGAAGAUCAUUUUUCAGACGAUUCGUUGGAAGAGUCCUUUCCACCGCCACCGCCCGCAGUUAGCACACCAUCGAAACGCAAUUCCAUAGCCUGGGAAGUGUCUCUCGAUGGUGACGAUCCACUACUUACUCCAGGAAGUACAAAGGUUAUAGGAAGACGAAGAAGAAAAUCUGGAGACCAGUCUCAUUCAAGUACUAGUUCCAUACCACAAAGAGUAGACGAUGAUUGGGGCGAGGAAUAUUGGCCUCCACCACCGCCGAUAUCCCAAUGUGAACCUUUGACGUCACCUAUUUCUGAUGCAGAAACAGAACAUCGUCGCGUACAGGAUCUUGCAUCAGGCACUUACGUUAUCAGGAAAGGAAAGAACAGAAAGCAGCUGCCAACCUUUAAUAAAAACUCUAAUAAUAAAACACAACCUGCUACAAAUAAUCUUUCGCAAAGCCAUAGUUUAAACAGAAGUUUCGAAAAGUCUAUUGACGGUUCUAGCAUUUCAAUAAGUGGUUCAGGGUCUGUUGGUUCCUAUAACUCUAGACCGAGUUCAGAUUUAAGUUUACCUCAAUCACGAUACAGUGCUGACUUGAACUCGAGGUUUAGUCGUGAACUAAAUACUCCAAACUCUAGAUAUAGUAUUGACCUUUGUACUCCAAAUUCUAGAUUAAGUAAAGAAAUGACUUCUCCUAAGUCAAGACUCAGUUUGGAUCUCAAUAAUGCCCAUGAGAGAUACAUCAAUCCAGAGUAUUAUGGCCAUAGUCCUAAAAGUAGACAGGUAAAUAGCGAUAAGAUUGUUGUUGGAUCCAAGAAUAGCACUCAAAGUAAAUUAUCCCCACAAAGUAGAUUUACUGAUUUCAAAAAAUAUUCUUCUACUUUUGAUAACAUACAGUCACUUAUAAAAGAGGGAAAAGUUGAAGAAACACCUCAAGUGGAUUGCAAUGAAACUGUUACCGAACUUUCAACGGUCCCUCCUAAUAUGGUCCGAGUUAUAUCUCUUCCAAGUCUAGGAGCUGAAGGAGAUAGUAACAGUGCAAGUCGCCAGGCUCUUAUAACGACAGUAGAAGAGGAAGAGGACCAGGAAAGUGGAGAACCGGAAUCUAGUGGUGAAACUUCGCCACUUCGUAAAAUUGAAAAUAAUAUUAGUGCUAUACUGAACCAAGGUCGGGACCAAAAACAUUUUACUCCAUACUUACCCAAAGACUGGAAUAUCCAUAAGGACGAAUACUGUGAUGAAAUAUCAAAAGAAAUUUUAGAAAACAAUUUCCGUUAUAGCUCUAGAGAUAAACAGAAGAGGCAUGAUAUUCAAAAAUCAUCUAGCCACAAUGAAAUUCAAAAUCAGAGGUCAAUUGAGCGUCGCGAUCGUUCUUCAGGGAGAAGAUCAAAUAGUAUGCACAAGUCUACCAGUGUAAAAGACGUACCGGUCAGCCUUAUGCGACAACCCUCAUCCUCGGAUUCUGCAGUAUCAAGUGGCGGAGAUUUUCCGCUAAAUGUUCAAAUCGUUGAACAUUCCUACAGACAUAAUAAAAAUAACCAAUUGCCUCCAUCUCCGAGCAUGGGUCAUGAAAUGGGACCCCUACCACAAACACCAGAAUCUCCAAAGUUUCCGCCCUUGCCACCCUCCCCUGUACAGGAGGUUGAGGACGAGUACACAGAAAUUAUGCAACCGACAGAAAGGCGUCAUGGUAGAAAAGCCGACACACUACCGACCCCAACAAUGGAAUCUAGGAGAAGGCCGUCAGAACCCCCAGCGGUGCCUCCACACCGUGAUACUACAAACAGUCUUAAAACGAGAUCAAUGGAGACAAGUUACAACAAAAAUAGAAAAAAUAGUAAUUUCAAGAGUGGCUCUACGGACAGGCGUACGCUACCUACCGACACGGGAGCGAGCGGAGCAAGACGACGAACGCUGCAACGUCAGAACCGCGAAAGCAACGUACGCGGCCAACUACAGACGUCCGCGAGCCUGCCCGAGACGCCGGUGUUCGCGCGCGGCUGCGACGUUCCGCGGACACCGCCCCGGAACUCCACGGGCACGCCGAGGAGCAACGUCAACUCUAUGCAAACAAUAGGAAGUAGCGCAACUUUGGGAGGUUAUGGACGAGGAUCUGUGAUGGGCACGUCAGGAGUUUGUACUGGCGCUGACUUGCUUCGUUUAGGCGGACCCCCGCGAGGCUGGUACCCUCGUCAGAGACAUAGACCAGCUUCAACUGAGCAUCUGGAUAGAAUAACAACUUCGUCAAAAAUGGCGGUGGAUCACCCUGUAACAUGGGAUAAUUCAGGUGCAAGGAAACCUCUCACUCUGCCUCCGAAUUUAACGCCCAAAUUCUUUCAAAAGUCACCUAGAGAAGCACUACGCAGAGUUACAAGUCUAUUAAUACGAAAAGGAAACAAUGGAAAGGAGAAGGAAAGUUCUCGAAGCAAGGAGGCAACGUCGCCGGCGGCUCGAUCUGCAAACGGCGAGGAGCAUCCAGGCCAGAAACAAAGAAAAGGUUUCUUUAGAAGUCUUUGGAAGAAAUCUCGCCAUUAUUCAUUGGAGCAUCCGUGACAAGAUAGUUUAUGCGAUUUGACCUUGAAAUCUCUCCCAUGAAAUAAGUUACACUUUUUGUAACAAACUAAGUACAUUGCUAUAAUCGAAAUUUUUCGAUAACAAAAUUUUAUAAAUAAGAUUAAUGACUCAAAAAAUCGCUGUGAAAUUGCGAACAUUAGAGUAAAUUGUUGUACUAACAUGUGCGUGAAUGUGGCUUUGAAAAUUUAAAACGUAUAAUUUAGUUUGUUGGCUUAAGUGACAUGUUUAUUUUAAUUAAAUUGUAUGUAUAUGAAUAAUCUAACCGGUGGUUAUUACAGCGCAUAAUUCAUUUAAGGAAUAUCAAUUUUAGGAAAACACGACAAUUUUCUUUCUUAAUCAUAAAAUAGGUUUGUAGAAAUGUAGAUAACCACGUAGUAAGUUCUGUACAUCCGAUUUCUUGGGUUUAAAUUAUUGUUAACCGUUUUAGUAUGUAAGAAUUAUUUCUUAGGCAUCUAUAUUUAAUUAUAGUUAACAAUGAAAUACACAACAAUUUGUAACUUAAUUAAAAUUUUCUUUAUAGAAUUAGACGUGUAAAAUGAUGUGUGGUAUAUUAUAUAAAGAACCAAAUUCAAUAAUAGACUACCACUUUUAACAUUUUAUACCAAUCCUUGUAUUCGAGUGUACUUAAUUCUUAUUAUUAUAGAUUUUGUCAAAAGAAAUAAAUUAUGUUCAUUAGCCAAAA